GCCGCCGACAAUUCACAACAAUGGCCUCUUUAACCUCCGAUUUCCUCAAUUACAUUGUUUUCCUGUAUCUCCAUGAAUCAGGAUUCUCACAUUCAACAUUUGCUUUUGGAUACGAGGUAGGGAUCAAUAAGAGCACAAUGGAUGGAAAUCUAGUUCCUCCUGGUGCUCUUGUUAAAUUUGUGCAAAAGUGUAUUCAGUAUCUUGAACUGGAAACAAGUUGGAGCAAUGAUAAUACCAAUAUGGACAAAGACUUCCAGCUUCUGCAACCUUUGCAUCUCAUUACGAAGAAUGUAUAUGAGCUGCAAAAUAUAAAAAAAGAGAAAACGGAAAAGCUUCAGAAAGAUAAACAUAGGCGGAAGGAUAAAGCGAAUGCUGACCGACAAUUCACAGCAAUGGCCUGUUUAACCCCCGACUUCCUCAAUUACAUUGUUUUCCGGUACCUCCAUGAAUCAGGAUUCUCACAUUCAACAUUUGCUUUUGGAUACGAGGCAGGGAUCAAUAAGAGCACAAUAGAUGGAAAUCUAGUUCCUCAUGGUGCUCUUGUUAAAUUUGUGCAAAAGGGUAUGGAUAUCAGCACAGUCUCAACCUCUUUGCCGUGUGAAAUUCCUAGUAGUGAUGUAAUGGUUUUGGAAGGACAUACAUCUGAGGUUUUUGUCUGUGCUUGGAGUCCAGAAGGGUCACUUCUUGCAUCUGGGUCUGGAGACUCUACUGCUAGAAUUUGGACUAUUGGAGAUGGUCCAUGUUAUUCUACUGUCCAAAGGAGGCCUCCAAAUGUUUUGGUUUUGAAGCAUUUGGAAAGUCAAGCAACUGAGAAAAACAUGGAUGUUACAUCACUUGAUUGGAAUAGAGAGGGUACCCUGCUUGCGACAGGGUCUUAUGAUGGCCAAGCCAGAAUCUGGAACCGAUCUGGGGAAUUGGUUAGUACUCUUAAAAAACAUAAAGGGCCAAUCAUGUCUUUGAAGUGGAACAAAAAAGGUGAUUAUCUCCUUAGCGGUAGUAUUGAUACAACUGCCGUUGUUUGGAAUGUGAAAUCUGGAGAAUUGAAGCAGCAAUUUGAUUUUCAUUCAGGCCCAUUGAUUGAUGUUGCUUGGCAAAACAAUGAUUCUUUCGCGAGCAGCUCCGCUGACAACAUGAUUUACGUUUGUAAAAUUGGGGAGAAUAAUCCAGUCAAAACAUUCUCAGGACAUCAGAAUGAAAUCAAUGCUAUCAAGUGGGACCCCUCAGGUUUCUUGCUGGCUUCAUGCUCUGAUGAUACCACAGCUAAGAUAUGGAGCGUGACACAGGAUAUCUGCUUGCAUGAUUUCAGAGAACAUUGCAAAGAGAUAUAUACCAUCAAAUGGAGUCCAACUGGCGCUGGUACAAGCAAUCCGAAUAAACAGUUGUUGCUGGCAAGUGCUUCAUUCGACUCUACCGUCAAGCUAUGGGAUGUUGAACUAGGGUGUCUUCUUCACAGCUUGAACGGUCACAGGAAACCUGUUUACUCUAUUGCAUUUAGUCCGAACGGUGAGUACUUGGCAAGUGGGUCAUGGGAUAAAUGCAUGAAUAUAUGGUCAGUGAAGGAGGCCAAGAUUGUAAAAACUUUCAAUGGCGAUGGCGGUAUUUUUGAAGUGUGUUGGAACAAGGAAGGCAACAAGGUUGCAGCUUCUUUUGCAAACAAGAAGGUUUGUGUGUUUGAUAUUCGACUGUAGAGGUUGAUGAAUAGAUGUAAAGGACUUGGAAAUACAGAGGCGGGAAUUUCACAAUUCAGGAAACUCUACCUUACUUUGUAGAAAUGCAGAUUGUAGAUAUGCUUUUUUUGAUUUCUCAUCUGGUGUCCGGUUACCCACACUGGGGCCGACUAAAUCAUUAUGGCAUUGAUCUAAACUUAAGGC